CCUCGGGUCUCAUAUAUAAAGCUUGACCAUCCGUCACCUAAUUUAUAACCCUUCUUAUCUGGUAUUUGUCGACAUUGUACCCUAUAGAUUUCUUGGCAUCAAAAUAAUCCUACGCCAUGGCUCGCCUCGUGCUCAAGCCAGAAGAAGAGGCCGGCAAGGCCUGGCCGGCCAUCGUCAUCGGUUUUUUCGUAGCCUUCGGUGGCGUCUUAUUCGGUUAUGAUACCGGCACGAUCAGCGGUAUCCUAGCCAUGGACUACUGGCAAAACCUGUUCUCGACGGGCUACGUCAACACGGCAGGUCACAAAGACGUCUCACCCUCUCAAUCGUCCGCUAUCGUGUCGAUCCUGUCAGCGGGUACCUUCUUCGGAGCUUUGGGGUCGCCGCUGUUGGCCGAUACCAUAGGACGACGAUUGGCUCUCAUCGCCUCCUCGUUUGUGUUCAUUUUCGGUGUCAUAUUGCAGACCGCUGCUACGGCCUUGCCUCUGUUCUUGGCUGGCCGAUUCUUCGCCGGUUUUGGUGUUGGUUUAAUUUCCGCUUUGAUUCCCCUAUACCAGAGUGAGACAGCACCGCGAUGGAUUCGAGGUGCCAUCGUAGGCGCGUAUCAAUUCGCCAUCACGAUCGGUCUGCUCUUGGCCGCCAUCGUGGAUUACGCGACCCAGUACCGUCAAGACACCGGCUCUUACCGAAUCCCGAUCGCGGUCCAGUUCGCGUGGGCCAUCAUCCUGAUCGUCGGCAUGCUCAUCCUACCAGAGACGCCGCGAUUCCUGAUCAAGAAGGGCCAGCACGACAACGCCGCCCGCGCGCUAGGCAAGAUUCGCCGGAUCGACGCCAACCACCCCGCGAUCCAGGACGAGCUGCGCGAGAUCGAAGCGAACCACAACUACGAGAUGAGCAUCGGCAAGGCCUCGUACCUCGACUGCUUCCGCGGCCCCAUGCUGAAGCGCCAGCUCACGGGCAUGGGCGUGCAAGCGCUGCAGCAGCUCACCGGUAUCAACUUCAUCUUCUACUACGGAACGCAGUACUUCAAGAACUCGGGCAUCCAGGACGCGUUCACGAUCCAGAUGAUCACGUCGUGCAUCAACGUCGUGUCGACCAUCCCCGGCCUGUGGGCCGUCGACAAGAUCGGCCGUCGCCCGCUGCUCCUCUGGGGCGCCGUCGGCAUGUGCGCGAGCCAGUUUCUUGUGGCUAUGCUCGGGACCCUGACGACGGGCCAGGACGCCAGCGGCAACAUCAUCGUGUACAAUGUGGCCGCGCAGAAGGCGGGCAUCGCCUUCAUCUGCCUGUACAUCUUCUUCUUCGCUAGCACGUGGGGACCGCUCGCGUGGGUCGUCACCGGCGAGAUUUUCCCCCUGAAGACGCGUGCCCGGAGCUUGUCCAUGACCACCGCCACUAACUGGCUACUCAACUGGGCAAUCGCCUACUCGACGCCCUACCUCGUCAACUACGGCGAGGGCUACGCGAACCUGCAGUCCAAGAUCUUCUUCGUCUGGUUCGGCGCCUGCUUCCUCUGCAUCUCCUUCGUCUACUUCUUCAUCUACGAGACGAAAGGGUUCACGCUCGAGGAGGUCGACGAGCUGUACGCCGAGGUCAGCAGCGCGCGCAAGAGCGCCGGAUGGGUCCCCAAGUCGACGUACGCGCAGCGCGAGGGCGGUGGUGUCGUUGAGAGUGCGCAGGGCGAGAAGGGGAGUAGUGGGGCUAGUCACCAUGAGGAGCAUACGGUAUAAGUGUGCUGUGCUUUCGCGCGGCGGUGAUGUUUUGGUUUGUUUGAGCAAAGUUGUCCGGUAUUGGCAUUGGCAUUGGCAAUCUGUUUGGUUUAUAUGUUGAUUAUAGCAUAUAUGACGAGAUCGCAUUUGGGUUUUUGAGAUAUCCCCCGAGAAGCAUUGAGUCGGGUUAGGAGUGGCGGCAUCGUACUACCGGA